AUGAAGAACCAAUCAAUGGCGAUAGAGUUCAUUCUGCUUGGACUGACAGAUGACCCUCUACCACAGAUUGUGAUUUUCCUGUUUCUAUUUUUUAAUUAUGUUUUGAGCCUAAUGGGGAAUUUAGUCAUCAUUCUCCUCACGCUGCUUGUUCCCCAUCUCAAGACUCCAAUGUAUUUCUUCCUACGAAAUUUCUCCUUCUUAGAAAUUUCAUUCACAACCGUCUGUAUUCCACGAUUCUUGGUAAGCAUUCUAACCGGAGACAAAACCAUUUCCUACGAUGGUUGUGCAACUCAGUUAUUCUUUUUUCUUUUAUUAGGAGUUACUGAGUUUUACCUUCUGGCGGCCAUGUCCUAUGACCGCUAUGCUGCUAUCUGCAAACCGCUACAUUACCCCAUCAUUAUGAGCAGCAAAGUAUGCUAUCAACUUGUACUCAGCUCUUGGGUGACUGGAUUUCUCAUCAUUUUUCCCCCUUUGGUUUUGGGACUCCAGCUGGAUUUUUGUGCUUCCAAAAAUAUUGAUCACUUCUUAUGUGACUCUUCUGCUAUUCUGCAGAUCUCUUGCACAGAUACACAUUUCAUAGAAUUAAUGGCUUUUGUCUUAGCUGUGGUGACACUUGUCAUCACAUUGUUGUUAGUGGUCCUCUCCUACACGUACAUCAUUAAAACCAUUCUAAGAUUCCCUUCUGCUCAACAACGAGCAAAGGCCUUUUCCACCUGUUCCUCACACAUGGUUGUUGUCUCUAUUACUUAUGGGAGUUGUAUCUUUAUAUAUAUGAAACCAUCAGCAACGAAAAGGGUAACUUUAACCAAAGGAGUAGCUGUGCUCAACACCUCUGUUGCCCCUUUACUCAACCCCUUCAUUUAUACACUAAGGAACCAGCAGGUGAAAGAAGCUCUCAGAGAUGUGCUUCAAAGAUUUUAUUUUCAAAACAAUGAGGCGACAUUUGGAUGCAAAUAG